CUCGGGCCGAUUUGUGCGCAAUCAGUUGAAAUGGCAUACAGAGGACGAGGACGGGGACGGGGUUAUGGAGUUUGGGGCAGCCCUUCAUUUUCCAAACCUGAGGCAUUUGUGCUUUUUCCUGAGGAUGUUGUCUUGCCUGAUGGUAAAGUGGAUGAUAUCGAUGCCAGCACGAAAAGGUUGCUUAACUGGAAUAACAAGUUGAAGAAUUACUGGAAAGCCUCUCCUUACUUUCUGGAGGACACUAACUCAAAGAAGAGGAAAAGGUUAGACGUGGAAAGAUUUUCUGACAGGCAAAAGGCUGUGUUUACUCGUGAUUCUCUAUCACAAGUUUUAGAGUUCAAAGAUUUUCCCAAAGAGUUGAUUCAAGGUACGACACGACGUAUACCAAAGCGGAAAAGUUUCCGGUGGAACCCAGAGUCAGAUUUGAAGACGCUAGAUUUAUUUGAACAACUUGAGAAAAAGGCUCAGGGCCAGGAAGGUAAAGGUGAGAAAGAAAAGAAAGAAGGGGAAGAUGAAGAUGAAGAUGAAAAUGCAGAAAAUGAGGAGGUUGAGGAAGAACUUAGCGAUGACGACUAUAAUCAGAAUGAAUAUUUUGACGAUGAUGAAGAUGAUUACAAUGAUGUAGAUGAGGGGGAAGAUGAAGGCAUCUACUAAGAGUCUCUGGAGAAUGAUUUUCUGCCCUUUGUCUGCCAGAUUUUAUGUACAGAGCAUGCGGGCAUGUGGGUUGGGAGAUUAUUUGAUUGAGCAGGGGCUAUAGGGAAAGUAUUAAUAGAGAAUAUCUGAUUUUUCUCGGAAUUUCUUCAUUUGGAGAAGGCCACAGUGGAGAUCAUCAGAUGCGUUUUGGUAUUACAAUAAUUGCUGCAUGAAAACACGAAUCGCCCACUUUUCAAAAUACGCGCACCAUUACUCUGGAUCUUGUUUCACGGUCAUAUUGUUCUCCCCCCCCCCCCCCCCAAAAAUUUUUUUUCUGAACUACUGUUGUUUAUCUGAAAAACGUGAGCUUACUCAGCAACACAUUUUAUACAAAAUGUUAACAAGAUAAGUGCGUAAACAUA